AUGGACAGCCAUCGCGAGCUACAUCUCUACUAUCGUGACGGCCACUCCCGCCUCGAUAUCACAGACUCGGACAAGCACACUGUCCUCUACACAGUCCACCGGGCCUCCUCCAAGCCACACCUGACCAUCUUUCGAGCACCGUCUGCUUCCACUGGCGGUUUCAUCAUUGGCCAAGUGUCCUUUCACCACUUCUCUUCCGGCAUCGACCUUGACAGACCAGGACCACCCCUUGCGAUGCGGAAGACGAGCAAGAUGUCGAGCAACUACGAGGUUCAUGGCAAUAGUAUCAACUGGCGAUGGGAGCGUGCCAGGGCAUUGACAAGCAACAUCCGACUUGUGGAUAACUUUGGUGGCGGGGUACUUGCGAGAUUUGAAAAUGCAAGCUUUUCUGUAAAGAAGCAGGGGACGUUGAGUAUUCUGGGAAGGCCGACGUGGGACAUGUUGGAUGCGAUUAUUAUCACGGGGUUGGCCAAGAUCGAGUACCAGAGGCGAAGCAGUUCUGCGCAGUCUGGUGCUAUCAAUGCCUCAAAUCUUGCUGUCACAAAUCAGUAG